CUUGUAGUUCAGUGUUCAGUCGUUCGAUGUCUCAGUUGUAGUCAGUGACCAGACUAUAUUAUGCAGACAGUGCACUUGUGUUAGUCAAAAAAGUUUAACCUGACAUAAUAUUAUCAUGUAUAUUGUUUUGGUUUUAUUUUGUUAAAUUGUAAUGGAAGAUUUAGAACAAAAGAAGUCAACACUACCUCAGGUUGCGAAUCUCGACUAAAAUAAGUAAAAUACGAUCACACCAGUCCACUGCUCACCGUCUCAAACGACAAAUGUAAAUCGUUAAGAAUUCUACCUAACCUCACCUGCCCACGAGCGAUGAAUGUACCGCAAACAAUUAAGCAUGAGAAAUGUCACAGACUGCACUACAUUAGCCUGUAAAAAAGAAAAAAAAAAAAGAAAAAAAAAACUCAAAGAGCGUCUACACUACACGCAGGUACGCCGGACCACGCGUCCCGGAGGCGACAAACAAUCACUAUCAACUAGUGUCCGGACUGUCAGCUGUAAAAUGUUUCCAUUGGCAAAAUUAGCUUACUACGCUUGCAGCGAUGAUGAAAAAUUUAUUUAUGACGAGUUGGAAACUUUGAAAAUUGACAUUCAACCCUGUUGUAUCGACAUUAUAAGAUACCAGCAAAAAAAGUCAACAUUAAAUAUUGGGGAAUAUGAUAUCGCUGUUCAAUUUAUGGAUGAUGAAGAUUACACGAUGAGCGAAAAAGCCGCUGCCAGUGGUCACAUAAUGUGCUUAGAGUUCGCUGAAGGCUGCGGGUUCCCGUGGACAAGAAGAGUACGUGCAAGGGCCGCCAAAAAUGCAAUUAAUUGCCGUAAUAACACUCGUUUUUGAUCAUUUGAUAACGUUAUAUGCAAAGAAGCUGCAUGUAAUGGCCAACUGGAAUGUCUAAUGUACCUCUACAACAAUGGCUGUUUAUGGGACGAAGACACGUGUAGGGCGGCCGCGGAAGGUGGGCACAUGGACAUGCUGCGGUAUGCCCAUGAAAACGUCUGCCGUUGGGACGAAGACACGUGUAGGGCAGCCGCGUAUGAAGGGCACAUUUACCUGCUGCGGUAUGCCCAUGAAAACGGCUGCCCUUGGGACGUAAGUACGUGUAGAGCGGCCGCGGAAGGUGGGCAUAUGGACAUGCUGCGUUAUGCCCAUGAAAAUGGCUGCCCGUGGAACGAGGAGACGUGUUCUCUGGCUGCAAAAUUUGGGUAUAUUGAUUUGCUGCGUUAUGCCUAUGAAGGGGCUGCCCGUUACAAUAUUAAGAAGAAAAUAAUAAUGGUUAUAUUUAAUAAAAUGAAUAAAUCUUUAGAUAAUGAAAUUUUUAAACAUCAGCCAAAA